ACAACCACAACAACAACGACAAUAUUCGCAACUGUUAUUACAACAACAGCAACAACAACAGCGAGAACAGCAGGCGAGACGCAGACAGCCCUCUCUGCGUGUGCUUUGCUUGUGUGCGUGUUUUGUUUCGGCCUAACCGGCAAGUGCAAAACAACAACAACAACAAAAAGAAAAUAAGAAAAAGUGCCGCUCUCUUGCGCUCUGUCGCUCUUUGUCGUCGCUCUUCGUUUUGUGUGUGAGUGUAUUGGUGUUCGCACAGCUGUUUGGUGCAACAUGCAGCAGAGCUGCCUAAAAUCGUAGACACACACCCAAGCAAACACACACACACACACGCACACGCACAUACACAGGUGUCACACUCAAGUGUCCAGUUUGCAUUUUCUCGCCAAAUACCGUAAAGAAUUUACCAACCACAAACAUGUCCGGCAAUCCUUUCAAUCAACCGCUGCACCUCAGCCUCUGCCUCAGCCUCUGCCUCGGCCUGUGCCUCAGCCUGGCUGUGGCCAAGCAUCUGGCCGCCGGCAUCGACGCCGACGGCGACAACUCGCUCGUGCACCACCAGCAGCAGCAGCACAACCUGCAUCAGCAACACCAGCAUCAACACCAGCCGCAUCAGCAUCAACACAGCGCUGCAACGCAUCAUCGGCGUCGCCUGCAGCGGGACUCGCGCGCCAAGGAUUUAGCGCAGCAGUGCGAAUCAGUCAAGAGUUACUUCGAAUCCAUCGACAUCAGGUCGAGUGGCGUAUUUAAUGAAAAAGGCGCCACUUGCGGCGGCAGCUGUUGCAGCAACGCCACAGAGCUGGAACUGCGCCACAAGGCAGCUGGCAAAUUCGAGCAGUUGCUGCAUCAUCAUACGAGCAGCCUGCGCGGCAUACUGGAGACCACGGCCAGUCAAUUUCAAAAUCACGUCGUGGAGCUGGCCGAGCAGUCGGAGAACAAGACAUUGAAUGUUUUCUCGCAGGUUUACAGGCGCAUGGAGCCGUUAUCCCGGAUGCUCAUACAGCAGCUCUACACGGAAAUCAUCAACCACUUGAAGUACACGUCGAACUACAGCAGCAAUAAUGGCCAGGGCAAUAGCAUUUUGAAUAGCCAGAGCAGCCUGGAGAGCGCACUGCACAAGUUCUUUGAGAAUCUGUUCCCCGUUGCCUACCACCAGGCGGUGCAUCUGACCAAGGACAAUUAUGGCGAGCUGCACGAUGACUACACCAACUGCCUGAAGCACAACUAUGAUGAUUUGCAGCCCUUCGGCCAGAUACCCAAGGAAAUUCAGACCAAUCUGGUGCACAGCGUUCACAUGUCCAACAUCUUUAUGAGCGCCCUGCUCCAGAGCGCCAAGGUGCUCAGCGAAACGGAUGCUCUGUAUGGCAAGCAGCUGACGGAAACCUGCAAGCUGCAUCUGCUCAAAAUGCAGUACUGCCCCAACUGCAACGGGCACACGGAGCACAACAGGCCAAAGGUCUGCUACAGCUACUGCAUGAACGUGAUGCGCGGCUGCUCGGCUCAGUACUCGGGCUUGCUGGACGGUCCCUGGGCCAGUGUGGUCGAGGGCCUCGACAAUCUGGUGGCUGGCCACAUACGCUCCGAGAGCGGCAUCAUGAACACCAUCAAGCAGCUGGACACCAAACUCUCGGAGGCCAUAAUGAGAGCCAUGGAAAAUGGACCGGAGCUGGAGAAGAAGGUGAAGAAGACUUGUGGCACGCCCAAUCUGCUGCCCUCGCUGACCGCCGCCGAGACGCAGCCGCUGCAGCAGCAUGUGAGCAUCAAGUGGGCAAUGUCGCCAGAGGCUAGCAUUCUGCACUUCCUGUCAACCAUACAGAAGUCCAAGGACUUCUUCACCAACAUCGUCUUCAACUUCUGUGACGAGGACUACACACAGAGCAGCGAUCAUCUCUGCUGGACCGGAGAUCGGGUUGGCGACUACACACAGCUGUUGAUAAUGCCCGGCGAGGACAGGCAGCGCUACAAUCCUGAGGUGCCCUGGGAGAACCAAUCGCAGCUGACCAAGCUCAACGAGCUGGUGGACAAACUGCAGAAGAUACGCAAAACCAUCGGCGUGACGGCGCCUGUCAGCAACAAUCAUGACAUUCAGAGCGACAUGGGUCACGAGGGCUCCGGCGGUGGUGGUGGCGGCGGUGGCGUUGGCGUCGGCGGUCACAUCAGCGACGACGAGGAGGAGUACAGCAGCAUGCACGGCUCGGGCGAUGGCUCCGGUGAUGGUCCCAUCUCGCACACCGAUGACCCACUGGGCAGCACGCCCAACACCUUCGAUGGCGAGUCGCGCGACAACUCAAAGGGCGCGUCGAGCGCGCUGACGGCCACUGCGACAAGCCUGCUUCUCACACUAGUCACACUCUAUAGUAGUUGUAGUUAAAGCAGCACCCAAAUCCCAAAAAGAAUAUAACAAUGAGAAAUAUAUAUAAAUAAAUAUAUAUAAAUACAUACAUAAAUAGCCGUACCGUACGUAAAUUAUAAAAGCUCAAUGUUCAAAGCGAAUUGUUCCUUUUUUGGUGUAAUUAAAUAGAAACAAAAAUAAAU